AUGACAGCUCUGGUCUGCUGGGUCUGGCUUAGAGAGCCAUACACCGUAAAAGAAGCGCUCGCUGGUCUCCUUGCCUUCACCGGCGUCCUGUUCGUUGCUCGUCCACCAUGGCUUUUCCCAAGCGCGCCCCUGGACCCUAUCUCUGGCGAGCCAUCUAAGCCCGUGGAAGAUCCAAGCAGCAACUCUUUGAGUCUCCUUGCUUUUGGGAUGCUGGGUGCAAAAGCCCCUUCUCUCCCUACUGUCUCGGCCGAGCAAAGGACGAUUGCCAUUCUUCUUGCUGUGCUUGGCACUUUUGGCGCAUCAACAGCCUACGCUACCAUUCGCGUCAUAGGGAAACGCGCACACUCACUCAUCAGCGUGACGUACUUCGCGUUCCUCUCUACCAUCGGAUCCGCGCUCAUUAUCCUCAUCCAUCCCGACCUGCACUUCGUCAUGCCCGAAGACCUCAGUCAAUGGGGUCUCAUCGCCAUCAUCGGUCUCGCAGGCUUCGCACUCCAAUUUCUCCUCACUGAAGGCUUGCAAAGAGAAAAGGGUGGAAGAGCAACUAAUCUUACCUACCUGCAGCUCGUCUUUGCUUUGGUUGUUGAGCGUGUUAUAUGGGGAACCACGCCGCCGGUUGAGAGCUUGUUCGGGGCAAUGCUAAUUAUCGGUGCUGCUGUCUGGGUGAGCCUGCAGAAGAAUGCGGAGAAGGGAAUUAAGGUCGCCGAUGAGGAGAGUAGUCUACUCGGAAACGACCAGGAGGAAGACGGAGGCCGUAGAAGAAGUGGGGCGACUGCGGAGGAUUAG